GGACAGUGUAUAAAGUUUAUCCUUGAUGAUAUGUUUACUUAUUUGGUUCAGUUUGGUGACCUAUUUUUAAAUGUUCUGUGGGUUAGUCUAAUAAUAAGAUCAUCAAUGUAGCUGUCCACGAGUCUAAUUAAUCACUUUGCAAAUCCAUUAUUACCAGUCCCUUGUUGAUAUCCCCUUUUUAUAUAUUUUAGUGAAGUGCUGUAUAUGUUUUGAGUUUUGUUUUUUCUUCUUUUUCAAUUGUAUAGUGUGAUCGCUAAAGUUGGUUCUUUUUCUAAAAAGAAUGCAUAUGUUGUUAUAAAAAUAUUUAAUAUGAUUGUAUAUGAUUUAUGGUCUAGAACUCUAGAUACCCCUCAAGUUUUAUCUAUUGGAUUUAGGACUUUAGGAGUAAAUCUUUGACAAUCCUUGACUUGAGAUUAUUCUGAAAGUUUAAUUUCAUUUUAGAUGUGAAAAUGUACUUGUGUAUUGUUUUCAAUUCUAAGGAAAUUACAAGAAUGAGUCAGUUUGGGGUGAGGAUGCAAUAGAUUAUUGAUUUUUGUUGAACUUGUUGGUAAGAUAUUGAGUUAUCUUAAGUGAUCUGUUAAGAGUAUCUUUAAAUUAGAAGCAAGGCCUUUUGGCUUAGGAUUUACUUAUUUUGUUGUUGAUUAGUAAUAAAAGAGAUGUUUAGAAAUUAAUGAUUACUCGUACGAUCUUUUUUCUUUUCUUGGCAGACGUUGAAAUUUCUGAUUACUUUUGUUUUUUUAUUGUAUGGCAUGAAUUAAACAGUGCUGCAUGGUUACUAUUGGUUGGCUCAUUGGUUGAUGACCAAGAUUAGCAAUAUAUAUGGGUCGUAAUGUAUUAUCUCAGGUUUAGGGACAUAUAGGUGGAUGAUCAAGUUUAGCAUCAAUUUGUCUAUAGUGCGUUUUCUCGUAAUUUGGCUCAUAGGCUGACUUGAACUUACUAUUAAUCUUGUUUUUGGUCGAAUGUAGAAUGCUGUCUUAGUCUUACUAAAGACAAUAGAGAAGAAAAAGAGAGUGAAGAUUCCCCAGUAAGUGGAGUGUGUUACUGCAAGUUGGUUUUGUGAAAGAAAUAUGGUAGAGCGAUUCUUUGAUGGCGGUAGCACCAACUCUGUUACCACUGUUGCUGUACAACCUCAAGAAGGCUGUUGCUUUACAUCUGAUCCAAUUACGCUGCUCACUGGCCCUCCAUCCUGUGGGAAGACAUCACUUCUAUUUCAGUUCGCUUUGAACAUGGCAGCUCACUGUCAGUCCACGUCACAGGGAUACAUUGUCUUUAUCUGCAAUCGUCGCCGUUUUGAAACCAAACCUCCUUUCCUCUCUCAGGGAGUUGAUGCUUCUUCACAUAUCUUUCAGCGAAUUCAUAUCAAGUAUAUAGAUGAUUAUGAUGAUGAAGGCAUCAAGAAAUUUUUUGCUGCCUUCCAUCUUCUUCAUCCUUUGCCCAUUGCUGUUAUUAUUGAUGAUUUUGGUGACUUCUUUCUUGAAAGCAAGUGUCAAAUGAAGUAUAAUAAUCCUCGUGGAAGGGACUUAGCCGUGGUCCGAGUUUUAGCCCUUUGUCAUAGUGCAAUCAUCCAUGCCAGUAAAACAACAGCUUGCCAGCUUUUGCUCUCUGAUACGUAUCAUGGAGACUUUCCUAGACAAUUUAUCUACAAAAGAUGGAUUUUGUCUAUUUUUACAGUCCAAGGUGAAGGUGAUGGAUCUGGCUCAUUUCUUCUUAAACAUAGUGUGCAUGUGCAAGGAAAGAGCGUAGGAAAAAGGAGUGCUAGAUACUCUAUAGCACUUCAGUACCUGGUUUUGGAGGGAGUCAGGGAAGACACACAGAUUUGAAUGUGUGAUGUAAUAUGUCACUUGCUUCUGGAGGAUCAAUCCAUCACUCCUCCACCAAUUAUAAUGUGAUAUGAAGGUUUGGGUGCGUGUUCAUGUGGUUACCUUUAGCCUGUGAUUUUCAAAACAAGCUGACGUUGAUCGCAAUGGUAAACUUUUUUUCAUUUAAGUUUUUUUGUUUGUUGUUCUAGCACCCUGUUUUCUAUAACAUAUACUCCAUUCAAUUUCUUUAUUCAUUCUACUAUCAUAGCAUGAUGAACUUGUUGAAUCCA